GCCAACACAGAGAAGAGAGCAAAAUCCAAACUUUUCCCAUAAUCUAUUGCUUUAAAUCAAACCCAAUUCUUGAAACUCGAUUUUACACAAACCCGUUUCUUUGUUUCACUGAAAAGUUUCAUUUUUUUUUCCGAUUAUUUUUAUUUGAAUCCGAUCGAAGAAACAUGAAGAGAGUGAGAGGUUUCAAAAUCGGACACAGAUUUGUCAAGAUCUUCAGAUGGGUUCGACCCAGAAGAAUUCAAUCGAGGAGACGCCAAUGCCCGACCCGAAUUACAAACCCGAUCGCCGGAAUUCGCUCACUGGCACGGUGUCUAAGCCGUGGAGCCAAGAGACUGUGCGGUGGCAAGAAGAGUUCGGGUCAGGGUCAGACCCGUCUGGGUAAGGAUCCGAAGAUGCGGGUUGUACCUAGGGGGCAUUUGGUGGUUCACGUCGGCGAAUCCGAUGGAGACACGCGGCGGGUGGUAGUGCCGGUGAUUUACUUUAAUCACCCAUUGUUCGGAGAGUUAUUGGAGCAAGCGGAGCGGGUUCAUGGGUUCGAUCAACCGGGUCGGAUCACGAUUCCGUGUCGGGUUUCUGAUUUUGAGAAAGUUCAGAUGAGGAUCGCCGCAUGGGAUCAUUGCCGCAAGAAGAGAACUUACAAGAUUCUAUAAUUUGACUUUUUUUUUUCUAGUUUUUUUUAACUGAAGAUAAAAAAUAGUCAAAAAUCAAAAGAGAAGAAAAAAGGACACAAUAGAGGAAUUUUGUAAAUAUUAUUUAGUUU